UGUGAGGCUGAGGAUUUGUCUACUGUGGUCGUCUUUGAUGUUAAACCAUAGGCAAUCUCCUUACUCACCUCUUUCUUCAAAAGCUUACCAUUAAAAUAAACAAUGCCAAAGAUAUUUUUUCCUAGGUAUCUACGUAGUGUCAGUUCAUUUACUAGAAUAUCCACUUUCUUUUAAUUAAAAACAAACAAUAAGCAGAAUGGAUAAGCUGAUGCUGAUUUUACAUACAAAGUCCUAUUGCUUAACUUCUCACAGCACAGAAAGCAUAUUUUUGUAAAAGAAGGGGGGGCAAAGUGUUUGUGUACAGUGAGUGAACUUAACACAAAGGCAUGCAGAUAAACAGACUUGAUAUUUAGUUCGGCAUUGUUUCAUAUGCUUUGUGGUAUAUGUAGCCAGAAACAGCUCUGCUUUAAGGUCUAGAGAGAUUUCUGAUAAGAUUGAUUUAUUUAGUUAAGAAAUACUUCUCUUGAACCCAUUUUUUUUUAAAAAUGGUUAACACCCAGUAUUAUCAUAACAUACUCGUUGAAACGUGAGAAUUAUAACAAGAUGAAAAUCUGACAGGUGUAAUUAGUAAGAUAUAAAGUAGAAGGAGUUGAACCAAAACCUUCAAUUAAAGUUUUGCAUGUAGACUUAAUUGACUUGUUAGAAUCGUUGGGGAACAACAUGAAAGCCAUUUAUACCUUAACAAUGAAAGGAGGAUUAGUACUACUUAACUUUAAUUCACCGACAAAAUGCCUUCUACCAAAUUCAGCCCACAGGAUACAAACAUGGUGUUGGCCACGCCUUGGCAUUACUGGUUUGCAGCAUUUAUUUCCCUAUCCUUUGCUGAAACCUUUUCAACAUGGAAUCAAACAAUAGCAACUCUGGCAAGAAUCCUCCUAUAUACACAAUGAAAAAGCAUUUCUGAGCUCCUCAAGUGAUAACUCAAGUGUCACACUUCUUUUCACAGCAACUGAAGGGUAGAAGUCGGGUUGGCUGGAGCUCACAGAACUUUACAAUGGCUUUAGUCUUCAGAACAGCAUUGCAAUCGGUUGGGCUCUCACUAUCUCUGCUGGGAUGGGUUUUAUCCUGUCUUACAAACUAUCUGCCACAUUGGAAGAACUUGAACCUGGACCUGAACGAGAUGGAAAACUGGACCAUGGGGCUCUGGAAAACCUGCGUCAUCCAGGAGGAAGUGGGCGAGCAGUGUAAGGACUUGGACUCCUUCCUGGCUUUGCCAGCUGAACUCAGGGUCUCCCGGGUUUUAAUGUUUCUGUCCAAUGGGCUGGGGCUUCUGGGCCUGCUGCUCUCAGGGUUUGGCCUGGACUGCCUGAGGAUUGGAGAGAGACAGCAGGACUUCAAGAAGCGACUGCUCAUCCUGGGAGGAAUCCUGUUGUGGACCUCAGGAGUCACGGCUCUGGUUCCGGUUUCCUGGGUGGCUCACAUGACAGUCCUGGAGUUCUGGGAUGAAAGCAUCCCCGAGAUUGUCCCCAGGUGGGAGUUUGGGGAAGCCCUGUUCAUUGGCUGGUUUGCUGGAUUUGCUCUAGUGCUAGGAGGGAGUGUGCUUCAGUGUGCAGCCUGCUCAGCCCCAGCUCCUCUACCUUCGGCCCACUAUGCAGUGCCAGAAAUGCAAGAUCAUUGUCAACAGCUGGAGCUGAAACACAUGAGCCUGGAAACCUCAGCCUGAGGAAUCAGAGCAUCUCCUUCCAGCAGGUGCCUGCUCAGCGCUGGAUUUGGUAGGACCUCCACGGCAAGGUCACCCAUUCAUGAUUGCUUUUGAUUUCCUUAAACGCACCCCUCCCCACUCUUCCCCCUAUGGCUAUUUUGUUCUUAAAAUACAAUUCCUUUCUAAUUUUGGCAACCCCUUUUUAUUUAUUUUCUAUUUGGUAAUUCAAACCAAUCAAGACAAUAAUAAUUACACCCAUUCCUGAACAUGCAUUUUCUCAGUUUUAAAACAGGCUCACUGAUAGCGCAAAUCCAGGAAACACUGUAUUAUAUUUCUGUAUCUUUCAAGGUAUUACUCAAAUGCAGAUGAAUUGUUUUAGCAAUUUGAAAUGUUACUGCAGAGCUUUGCUUUUUUCAGGUAUUUUAGAAAAACCCAUUCUAGUGAAAUUUAAGGUCUCGGGAUAUUUAUUUAAAAAGCACAACUUGAUUAUGCUAAACAACAAAAAAAAAAUUCUGCUGGCUCUCUAAAGGAGUCUCUUUGAAACCAGCCAUGUUCUUAGGUGCCCUCAAGCAGAGGAGGGCAAGCUUCUAGUCAGGCAGAUGGAUAGAGACACUGGCACACAAAUGUGUCUGGGAUACUGUGUCCUGGCCAGCCUUCCAGUCGGCUUUGAGCAGCCACUGGGGUAGAAAGAGGUCUGGACAGGUGUGUAUGGGCAGAUGGCCUCCUGGCCAGACACCUCCACCUGGAGCACACUGCCAGCCUAGUGACAGCAUGACAUAGACCACUGGAUCCCUCCGUUUCCCUUUCACCUCUUUUAUAUUCCAGACAAGAACUGUAACAUACUUUUGUUGUAGAUAAUUCACUGUGGAACAGUUUAUAGUUGUGUGGUAUAUAGUGGAAAUAAAUGUGUUUACAGCAAUCACGUAUAUUAGCUAAAUAAUAAGCAACACUGAAAUAAAGUAUUGGGCAAUAUGUAUCUUUGUUUAAAAAAAAAAAAAACCUGAAAAAUUUCGAUCUACAAACACACGGAAAGUGCAGAAACUGGUUAAUCUACGUGAUGUUUUUGCAUACUUUGACAAAGAAGACAAUUAAAACAGAAACAUACAGAAUUUAACCUGAUUAAAUAUUUAGUUCAGUCCUGAGCUUUUGAAAUUUAAUACAGUAUAGAUAAACCCAUA